AAUUAACCAAAUAGUCCAGAGAUGGUCUGGACCUCCGCUGGAAAAAGAACCGGUCGACCUGCUUCAUCGAACAUAUUAGGCCGUAGUAUUUUCCAGUGUCCAUGUACUGUUCUGAUGAAGAAUGAUAACAUUUCUGUCUUAAAGCAAGGCUAGAAAACUAACUUAUCUCUUUGCCAUAAGCCGUUGGGAACGCGCUGUGCUCGCUGUGUCGUAUCAGCCCCCCAGGUGUUCCUGUAUAAUAGUCAUUUUAAAAAUAUCUCUCUUUAUUCAGACCUAUCCCGAUGUCUGCUUUUUUAUAAUCAACUGGGCAAACUGUAAAAUCGGCAAGCAGGCUGCUGUUUUGUUAGCUUCAGAGCUAACAGUGACCGAGUCAGUAUUCGGGGGCUAAAAAUAUCGCUCACUGCGCCACCGAAGCUGCUCGGCUUCGGUCCACGUUUGACUCCCGUCUUCGGCUUUCUUUUUCUGGUGACUUUGCUCGGAGUUUGACGCUCUACAUGGUCACCACAGCGGGUUCAGGACAAGAGGAAGAGCGAGUCGGACCCCGAGGCUGUGAGCCGAGCUGGCCUGAUCUGACUUGCUGGGCUUCAGGUCUCCCGGCGGACCACACUCGGCUACGGCUGAUCGGUGGCCGGGUGACAUUUUGCUGUGAUGGGCUUAUAUUGUCAUUAGUGGUGAUAUAACGAGCCCCGGUUUUGCCCAGGGAGACCGAAACUUUACGAAGGGUUCAGAGUAAGCGACUUAUUUCUAACUUUCGUAGACUUCCAGGAGCUGCGCACCAUGACGGAGGACAACAAUGCAGAAAAGUUCAUUAAGGAGGCGUCCAUCUUGGAUGAAUACAUCAUAAACUGGACACAGAAGCUGGGAGCAGGAAUCAGCGGACCUGUCAGGGUGUGUGUGAAGAAGUCGAGUCAGGAACGCCUGGCCCUGAAAAUCCUCAUCGAUCGCCCCAAGGCCAGAAAUGAGGUGCGUCUUCACAUGAUGUGUGCCAACCACCCGAACAUCGUGCAAAUUCUGGAGGUGUACGCCAACACUGUCCAGUUUCCUCAUGAGUCCAGUCCAAGAGCAAGACUCCUGAUUGUUAUGGAGAUGAUGGAGGGUGGUGAGCUCUUCCACAGAAUCAGUCAGCACAAGCACUUUACUGAAAAGAUGGCCAGUCAGGUCACCAAACAGAUCAGCCAAGCAUUGGCUCAUUGUCACUCCCUGAAUAUUGCACAUCGUGACCUGAAGCCAGAGAACCUGCUCUUCAAAGAUAACUCUCUGGACGCACCUGUGAAGUUGUGUGACUUUGGCUUUGCCAAAAUCGAUCAAGGAGACUUGACGACCCCUCAGUUUACUCCUUACUACGUAGCACCUCAGGUACUUGAGGCUCAAAGAAGACACCAGAAGGAAAAAUCUGGAAUUAUACCUACCUCACCAACUCCUUACACAUAUAACAAGAGCUGUGACUUGUGGUCGCUGGGUGUGAUCAUCUACAUAAUGCUGUGCGGCUAUCCUCCGUUCUACUCAAAGCACCACAGCCGCACCAUCCCUAAGGACAUGAGGAAGAAGAUUAUGACGGGCAGCUUUGAUUUCCCAGAAGACGAGUGGAGCCAGAUCUCUGAAAUGGCCAAGGACAUUGUACGCAAGCUACUGAAGGUGAAGCCAGAGGAGAGGCUGACUAUUGAGGGAGUCCUGGCUCACCCCUGGCUGAACUGCACCGAGGCGCUGGACAACGUCUUGCCGUCUGCACAGAUGAUGAUGGACAAGGCCGUGGUCGCAGGAAUCCAGCAGGCCCACGCCGAGCAGCUCGCCAACAUGAGGAUUCAGGACCUGAACGUCAGUCUGAAGCCUCUGAACUCUGUCAACAACCCAAUCCUCAGGAAGCGGAAACUGCUGGGCCCCAAACCUACAGACAGUUUCUUCAUCCAUGACCCAGAGAACGGAGGGGAAGACUCAAACGUAGCGCUGGAAAAACUGAGAGAUGUCAUAGCACAGUGCAUACUCCCACAGGCUGGAGAAAACGAGGAUGAGAAGCUGAAUGAGGUGAUGCACGAAGCCUGGAGGUUCAACAGAGACUGUAAGCUGCUGAGAGACGGCCUGCAGGGUCUCAGCUGGGAUGGGCGAUCCUUUUCCGAUAAAGUUGACCGCUUGAAGUUGGCUGAAAUAGUGAAACAGGCCAUUGAAGAAAAGACAAAUCUUCAAGAUUCUCCUUAGCCAAUGGUGACUUUCUAUCUUUUUAAAUUUUAUUUCAUUGUUUAUCGAGACUCUUUUUAAUCCAUAUCUGUAAAGACUGUUUUAUGUCAAAUGAUGUGCAGUUUUUGUUUUGUUUUUAUCGCCUCCAUAAUUUCAUUUGUAAAACCUAUUGUUGACCUAUACUGGAAGAGCUACUGUACAGCUGUACAUAUAUUUCAAAGGAUUUGUUGGUACUAUCUUUUUUUUUUUAAACAAAUGGACAAUUGCAAAGAAUGUGGAAAAAAAUAUAUUUUCAUUUUUACUAAAAAAGAUAAAAGAAAUCUGUGAAAGAAAUUAUUUUUUGGGAGGGAAUUUUUAUUAGCUGCUCGUCGAAGAUGUCUUGUUUUAUCCCAAUUAUUUCUUUCUCUUCUUUAAUUAUACUCAUUGUAAGAGUUUUAUUUAUUUAAACUGAAAAUUCCAAGAUUUUAUAUCUUUCUUGUAGCUCGAUAGUGGCUCUAAGGUUUAGAGAAGCUGUUUAUGAUGUGACCUUUGUUCUUCCACUCUGCCUGCAGGUAUAUAAACAUAACAGCCAUUGUUUAAUUUGUUGUUUUUUUAUCAAACCUUUUUGACAUUUUUAAUAUGUAGGACAAGCAGAAAUGAGGAAUUGAAGCAAAAGAAAGUGUCAGUGCAGAAACAUGCGCCUUCAACCCAUUUAAAACAUCAGCCGACUAAAAUGAGAGUUGGAAAAAAAAAAAGUCCUUAUUUUGUAAUUAGUCGAAAAAAGUUUUUUGUUUGUUUGUUGAUGAAAUCAAAGCCACAUGAGACCAAAGGUUUGCCUUUCGUUGUAAAUCAGUAACUCUGCUAACAGAAAUGCUCAUGUGUUGCAUCACACAAAAGUGAGAAACUCGGACAUGUUGAGCUCCGCCUUCAUGGGAUAAGAAAAUGAUUUUUACAACUGACCAUUCAGAGCCUUUUUUUUAAUUCAAACCUUAAAGUUGCCUCAGCCGUUUGGAAAACACUACUGAAUACUCAACGCUUCUGAAGAGAAAUUAUUUCACCUGCAGUGGAUCUGAAAGUUAUUCACUUCCUGUUAAAACGCCAGCUUCUGUGAUGUAGAAAAUGAGACCAAGACGACCUUUAACCUUAUGUUUAACAUGUACAAGUUAGCUGCUUAAAGACAAACGAGUAAUAACAAAGCUAUGAUAAUGUAUACUUUUCAUUUGUUAAUAAUUUAGUAAAAGUUAUCAAAACAUUUUUGUCAAGACACCGAUCUACAGGAAAGUCGGCAGAUUCUGGACUCCUGCUCAAACAAGACAACUAUCCGAGUUCCAGCUAAAGGAAAACAACCCCACAUCAUGAUAUUGCCACCACCGUGUUUUUGUGCCAGACUCGCCUCUUGAGAAAUGUAAACAACUAAACGUUCAACUGUGGUGUCUAGUGUCAGCUGGAGGAAGGUUUGAACAAGUUUGACAAUCGAAAUUUUAGCAACACCUUCACGUUUUCUCUAGAAGAAAAACGUAUCUGUGACUCUCCUUCUUGGAGACUAAAUAGAUACGAGAAAUUGUUGAAUCAGAAAAUCCUAAAACUCCUUGGAUGUUUUUUCUCCUCUUCUUUGACUGAUACCUUUGCACAGAUAACUAAUUUUGAUCAUUGUGUUAGAUCUCCACAAUCAAUGUCUUUGGAAAAGAAUGGAAAUGUCAGUUAACUUCCCCACUCAGCUCCUCCAGACUAGCGGCAGCAGCAUUUAGCAAACACCUUGUGGGACUGCGAGUCGGCUAAGCUUAUCAUUCAAAUUACGUCUCAGUUAAACAUUCCUGUGAACCCCUGUAAACGACAUAACGGAGGAACGUUGUCAGAAAGAGUAGGAGCUUCUUAAAGAGACAGAGGCCCAAUUUCAAGACGUCAAAUUGCAAAGUCGGUUAUUUUUUUAUAUAUACUACUGAAGGUAACAUAGUUACUUGAUUGUGCUAUAAAAUGGACCUAUGUGCCUGGAAAAUUAAUAAUACAGCCCUGUUAAGGUAGUGCACACUUAUGCAACCCCAGUUAUUGUAACUUUAAGGCUUUUAAUAUUUUUCCCAUGUUUCUGUCCAGCAGAUUUUUCAAGUUUAAUUGUACAAGAUUAUUCUCACACUAAAGGUGGAAUGUAUAUUGUUAAAAUCUAUCAUGGUCUCAUCUUUUCAUGACAAAAAACUGUUUGUUUUUUUUUAACAAAAGUGCAUACACUUUCUGAAAUCCAUUGCUAGAUUUCAUGCUUGAGUCUGAAAUGUCCUCAAUCCAUUUCUUUUUAUUCAUUGUUGAUCUGUGAAACUGAACGAUUCAAACUGCUUAGAUGCAAAUCAGCAUCUGCUGGAACUCAUAUCUGCGCGGUUCGUGUCUUGACUUUCUUUCCCUGCAAAAGCGGUUGUGACUUGAAGAAAAUAAUUUCUUGAAACACAGUAGGGAAGUCUGGGUUUUGGUUUCAGAACUUGACGUUUUAGACCAUGUGCAAUAAGGCAAUCGUUUAUUCUGUGUUCAGAUCACAUGGAUGUUCACAAUGAGAUCUGUCAGUAUUACUCUCACUCUGCGCUUCAUUUCAUUCAUCUGUGUGUAACCUUUCUUUCCUGUUGGUUAUUUUCACCUUUUAAGUUCUAAUAAACAUGUUAUUGACUGGGCUGAAUUAAAUCCUUAUACUUUUGUGCUGCAGUCAUAUCUGAUAUUAAAACACAGGAUUUGUUUUAGUUUAAAAAGAAGCCACUUUUAGUUCAAGGAUAUUGAGCUAUUUGAUGGUCUUUUUUAAAGUGGCACAAAGAAAGUCUUUCGUUGUAUUUUGGUAUUAAAGGAUGAGCUUUUGCUUAAGUUUUACUAAGAUAAUUUGGAAGUUAUUUUAGACAGAAUCCCUUAAAAGCUCAAAGACAAAAGCUUGUUUAAAAAAUGCCUCCUAAUUAUAUUGCAGAUUAUUUAAAUGUAUUCAGUGCCUUAUUGAAAGAAGUAGUUCGUUCCAAUAAAUUCACCUUUUUCAAAUUAUUUCUCCAGUUUUCACAGAAACCAUGACAAGACUAAUAAAGCGUUUUCAUCUUCUCAUAAUAAACUAGCAGCAUGCAUAGUCAGAUUUACAGAAGACAGUUAGAGCCACUGAAAAAAAAUUCACAUUUCACAAAAAUUCACAAAUUUAAUGCAGAUGGAUAACUGGGAGCAACCAGCUUCAGUGAUGGAGAUGUGAGUUGCCCAGGACAUGGGCACUUGCUGAAAAAAGAAAUCUAAAAUAAAAACAUAAAAUGUGAUUCUUCUUCAUAAAAGCAUAUAAUACAAAAAUUAGUGUGUAUAAUUUUAACUUGCCUGAUCUGCCUAUCCCUAUGAACAUCGUCUGGGAGUGCAAAAAUAAAAAUUUAAUAUAAUAGUCUGAAUUCAGACUUUUUUUUUACUCCAGAUUUUGAGAAUAAAGUCAAUUUUUUUUCAGGUGCCCUAAUCAUCUCCAGUAGAUUAAAAAACUUUAGAAAUAUUACAAAUUUUUGACACUUAUAAACAAAGUGUUACUUCAUGCUAAACGAUGUAUUAUGGUAGUGAAUGAUUAACUUCAUCUGGCAGCUUGUUAGCUUAGCAUAAACCAUAUAGAGAUGGUAUUUCUAACAACAACAUCGGAAAGAGAUGCCGUCAACAUUAUUGCAAAUUAUUUCAUCUUUAUUGAAAGCUUACAUUGAAAGAAAGUCACUUGUAGAAGCAAUUCAAUCUAAAUGUAUCAACUUUAACUACAUUAACUGUUUUUUGUCCCACGUACGCCGUGCGGGAUGCUGAAGCUCAGCAUCAACUUGAGCUAAAUUAGCAAUUUAUGCUAGCCAGUUAGCAACGGUCAUUUGAAAAAAUCUCACCAUUUUCAGGUUUCAGCGGACAGUUGAGGAGUUGGGGUUGUCUUUAUCAUUAAAGAGUUUAGUAUUUUUGCUAAUUUAAAACUUAGGUCUUGAUGCACUUCAUCACACUCUGCUUAUUUUUAGAUUACAUGUUACACAUUACCUAGCAUCUGUGCUGCAGGACAGUAUGUGUGUUUUUGUAGUAAAGGAAUGUGUACUGCUGCUUAAGUUGAAAACCACAAUGGAGACAUGCAGUUCUAAGAAGCUAUGUACCCUGCUGUUUGCUCAGCGUUACCAAUAAUUGGAUUACUCCUGCUGCAGACCAUCAUCUUCAUACCAAUUGCAGACAUUUCACAAAUGUUCUCCUUUACUUGAAGUUUUGAUUUAAUUUAAAUUGUAGUCAUCCUCCCUACUGGGAGUCAUGAACAAAUGCUGCUCUCCUACUUUAUACCAGCAAAUUAAGAAAAAUAUUUUUACUUUUGUUAAUGUUGGGUACUUUGUUCUGUGAAGAGGAAGAUUUAAUUUCUAAUACAAUAACUUUGUGGUUAAAUGUAAAACUGGAGAAAAGGACAUUCAUUUCAGAAAAUUUCUCUGCUUCAACUUGCUUUUCUCCCCGCCGGUGUGGCCGUUAUGUAGCAUGAAUCUUUCAUUGACUUGCUGUAUUUUCUGCCUUCUGGAAUGUCAAAAUGCUGACUUUUUAAUGAAUAAUGUCUUGUAACUGAA